AUGGGUCGGCUGUUGCUGGCGAGCCUCCCAGCGACGGGCGCCAUCAUCUACCGCUGCAAGCACUGCGACACCCACCUCGCAUACGACACCGACAUCAUCGCAAGGACGUUCCGGUGCAAGAACGGCAAGGCCUACCUCUUCAACAGGAUCGUGAAUGUGAAUGUUGGUAGCAAGGACGACCGGAUGAUGACGACGGGUCUGCACACCGUCUGCGACAUCUUCUGCGUCGCCUGCGGUGCCAUCCUCGGCUGGAAAUACCUCGUCGCCUUCGACAAGGGCCAGAGGUACAAGGAAGGCAAGUUCAUCCUCGACAGGUCCACCGCCCUCGCCGCUCGUGCUGCUGCUGCUGCUGCUGCUGCUGCUGCUGCUCAUGCUCAUGCUGACCGUGGCCACAACCACCACGCUCGCGUAACAAACUCUGCUGACGACGACGAUCCCAGCGAUGACGAAGAUGACCACCACAUGUGA